AUGGCGGAGGGCUCGGCGCGGCGGUGCCUGCGGCUGGAGCCGGCCGCGGCCCGGGAGGUGCUGGGCGCGGCGGACACGCUGCUGUUCGACUGCGACGGGGUGCUGUGGCGGGGCGACGCGGCGGUGGCGGGCGCGCCGGCCGUGCUGAGCCGCCUGCAGGCCCGGGCCAAGCGCCUCUACUACGUGACCAACAACAGCAGCCGCACGCGAGACGCCUACGCCGAGAAGCUGCGGCGCCUGGGCUUCCCCCCGGCCGAGCCCCGCCAGGUCUUCGGCUCGGCCUACUGCGCCGCCCGCUACCUCAGCCAGGCCCUGCCGCCCGACGCCGCCGCCUACGUGCUGGGCAGCCCGGCCCUCAGCGCCGAGCUGCGGGCCGUCGGCGUCCCGCACCUGGGGCCCGGCCCCGCCGCCCUGCCCGGGCCCGGCCCCGCUGACUGGACCCGCGCGCCGCUGGAUCCGUCCGUGCGCGCCGUGCUGGUGGGCUUCGACGAGCACUUCUGCUACGCCAAGCUGUGCCUGGCGCUGCGCUACCUGCUGCGGGGCGGCCCCGACUGCCUGCUGGUGGGCACCAACCGCGACCACCGCCUGCCGCUGGAGGGCGGCGCCGCCAUCCCCGGGACUGGCUGUCUUGUGAAAGCAGUGGAGAUGGCAGCAGAACGUGAGGCGUUCAUCAUAGGCAAGCCCAGCCAAUACAUUUUCGAGUGCUUGGCAAGUGAGUUCAAGAUCGAUCCUGCUCGUACCAUCAUGGUGGGAGAUCGACUGGACACAGACAUCCUUAUGGGCAAUAACUGCGGCCUCACCACCCUCUUGACUCUCACUGGAGUCACUACUCUGGAAGAAGUCAAAGGUCACCAGGAGAGUGACUGCCCUUCCAGGAAAAGCCUGGUUCCUGAUUACUAUGUUGAUAGCAUAGCUGACCUUCUUCCUGCACUUGAGGAUUAAAAUAGCAAAAACCUCUCCAACUCCCGGAAAGGUACCCACGUUAGUGAAGGGCAGUAGCUAAUAUCACCACUCAUUACUUUAAUACACACACAGUGUGACACCACUUGCAAUUGCAAACGGUUAGCUUUUAACCUUCAGUUUGAGUCCUACGAUAAUUUUGUUUAC